GACGUCCAACUGAGCUGAAGUACAAGAUAAAACGGCCAAGGAAAUUAUUGAUUUUCGCAUGUGAAGUGAAAAAGUAUCUUUCUUUGGCUGCUGUUCUGGCAAUGAUCAAGAUUUGCAAAUCUUAAGCAAGUGCUCAACUCUUGAGUCUAGCAAAAAGUGAAGCUAAUUUGUUAGCACUUGUAGGCGUAGCUGUAAGUAGGCGUGGCAGCUGGGCAAAUUAGCCCACUGACAGCGACAUGGCCGACAGCGAAUUCGAGGAAUUCCACAGGCCCAUUUUUGAGCCACAUGCAGUGAGCCCAUUUGGCAAGAAGAAAAACACACAUGCAUUUUACUCACUCAUACCCAACGAUGAGCUGGAUGACUCGCACUCCUCGAAAAGCGAUGGCUCCGAUCAGGAGGACAACAUUGGGGAGGUCAAACUGCAGCGUCAGGUGGAGGAUGAUGAGCUGGGAGAUGGGCUGAAGGUUACACUCUCCUCGGAUGGUUCGCUGGACACAAAUGAUUCGUUCAACUCGCAUUGUCAUCAUCCAUUGAAUCAUCAGGAGGCCAUUGGUGGCUUCAUAGGCAUCAAUGGCGUGGCUCCAGGUGGUGGCCUUGGCGCUGGUCCAGUGACCAUAGGUGCCACCACGGAGCUGUUGACACCCACAGCAGCUGCUGCCACACGACGUCGCCGCAAGUUGCCCGAGAUACCAAAAAAUAAGAAAUCUUCCAUUCUUCAUAUUUUAGGUGGUGGCAACACUCCCUGCACCCUGGCGGAUGAGUUUCGCAUUGGUGGGGCAACUGCAGCUGGCGGUGGCUCCUUGACAGCAUCGCGUUCGAGUCAACAGCGCUCAUUCCUUUCCCUCAAGUGUGGCUAUCUGCUGGACGAGGACUCCAGUCCGGAUUCGGAGCGACUGCAGAGUCUGGGCGAUGUGGACAGCGGUCACAGCACGGCGCAUUCGCCCAACGAUUUCAAGAGCAUGUCGCCACAGAUCACAUCCCCGGUCUCGCAGUCCCCCUUCCCGCCACCCUUUGGUGGUGUGCCCUUCGGUCAGCUGGAGAUGCUGGAGGCUACACAUCGUGGUCUGCACAAGUUUGUGCCACGGCAUCAUGAUGAGAUCGAGCUGGAGAUUGGCGAUGCCAUCUAUGUGCAAAAGGAGGCCGAGGAUUUGUGGUGCGAGGGCGUCAACUUGCGUACGGGUCGCCAGGGCAUAUUUCCAUCGGCCUAUGCCGUUGAUCUGGACUACAAUGAGUUCGAUCCGACGGUGCAGCUGGUCAAGAAGGAGCGCUACUUGCUGGGCUAUCUGGGAUCGGUGGAAACUCUGGCACAUAAGGGCACUGGUGUCGUCUGCCAGGCGGUGCGUAAAAUUGUGGGAGAAUACGGGAAUUCUCCGACUGGACAAACGUGCAUUUUGGAGGUAUCCGAUCAAGGAUUACGCAUGGUCGAUCGAUCGGCACCAAAUAACAAAAAGGAGAAGAAACCCUGCAUCGAUUAUUUCUACUCAUUGAAGAAUGUCUCGUUCUGCGCAUUUCAUCCACGGGAUCAUCGCUUCAUUGGCUUCAUCACAAAGCAUCCGACAGUGCAACGUUUCGCCUGUCACGUCUUCAAGGGCUCCGAGUCCACACGACCCGUUGCCGAGGCUGUUGGACGCGCCUUUCAACGAUUCUAUCAGAAAUUUAUAGAGACCGCUUAUCCCAUCGAGGACAUCUACAUUGAGUAGAGCAAAAGUUAAUGCUUUAACUAAAAAAA